GACCCGAGUCUGCGCAUGAGUUGGGCGCAUGCGCACCAAGGCUCCCCGCGGCCGCUCCCUGCUCCUGGCGCCCCGACUCCUAGCCUCUCAGCGGCCCCGCCCAGGCGGCUGCCCGUGACCUGCCUGGGCGCAGGGAACGGAAAGCUGGGAGGGGUGAGACGAGUUCAGUUCGCCAUGGGACUGUUUGGAAAAACCCCAGAGAAGCCGCCGAAAGAGCUGGUCAAUGAAUGGUCAUUGAAGAUAAGAAAGGAAAUGAGAGUUGUUGACAGGCAAAUAAGAGAUAUCCAAAGAGAAGAAGAAAAAGUGAAACGAUCUGUGAAAGAUGCUGCCAAGAAGGGUCAGAAGGAUGUCUGUGUGGUUCUGGCCAAGGAGAUGAUCAGGUCAAGGAAGACCGUGAGCAAGCUCUAUGCAUCCAAAGCACACAUGAACUCCGUGCUCAUGGGGAUGAAGAACCAGCUGGCGGUUUUGCGAGUGGCUGGUUCCCUGCAGAAGAGCACAGAAGUGAUGAAGGCCAUGCAGAGUCUUGUGAAGAUCCCAGAAAUCCAGGCCACCAUGCGGGACCUGUCCAAGGAGAUGAUGAAGGCUGGGAUCAUAGAAGAGAUGUUAGAGGACACUUUUGAAAGCAUGGAUGAUCAAGAAGAAAUGGAAGAAGCAGCAGAAAUGGAAAUUGACAAAAUUCUGUUUGAAAUCACCACAGGGGCCUUGGGCAAAGCACCUAGUAAGGUGACCGACGCCCUCCCAGAGCCUGAACUUCCAGGAGCGAUGGCUGCAUCAGAAGAUGAGGAGGAGGAAGAGGCCCUGGAGGCCAUGCAGUCCCGUCUGGCCACACUCCGCAGCUAGGGCUGCCCAGCCAGGCCCGCAGGCUCUCCUCCAGCCCUGCCACCGGGCACGCACUCCUUGAAGCCUCCGCCGUUUUCUGUAUCUCUUGCACUACACCUCUGGGUGAGGCACUGCGUUCUGGAGAACGUUCUCUGCUAAUCUCUCUUCACUCUCUGCAGAGGUUUGGGGAUCUCAAUGGAAUUGUUUUAAGAGGUGGUGUAAUAAAUGCAUCAUUUCAGGAGAAUAAACAGAAGUAUCUUUUGGGGGAUGAGGGCAAAGAAGUCUGUCUUCUCAUGAAGCACUUCUGAGAAUAGAGUCAAUUGCCUGAAUGUUGAGGACUCUAUAUUUUUUUUUGUCUGUAAAACACUAUAUAAAUGGAUUUUAAUAAAUUUCUGCUUUAACACUUGG